GUGCGGCCUGGCCAGAUGUCUAGAGAUACAUCGGCUCCUUCUGAGCGUCUCGGUAUCCGUUACAUCCGUAAAGACGCUCAUAACCUGAGAGCCAUCGACCCGUGGGCGCGGAUUCGAUAUGUCAGAUUGGCGAGCUGCGCCUAG